CUUUGGUCGCCAAGGGAACCGUUGUAAAUCACAGAGUGCUGGCGUUGAAGUUGAAGUAUUUUGUUUCAGUCGUGAUUCCUGGGCGAAGCCAUGUCCAACAGCUCUGAACAGAAAGAACAGCAUUUGGGGAGUGAUGUCCAAGGAGCGCAGUCUGCUGCUGAGGCUCCUCAGGAAGCAGAUAUCCUCACUGACUCCCCGGGCCAAGAAGAGAGUCUAAAGGAAAGAGAGGCACAGUUACUGGGUUGUGUGAGGAAAAAAGAGAACACCUCCGGUGCUGCUUUUGUAGACUCUGAGGUCUUGAGGUCACAACAAGAUCAGGCCAGAGAUUAUUCGUCACAUGCAGGCACAAGAGAGGACACGGCUCCCACUGAAGCAGCUUAUUCUUCUUCAGACUCUUUGUCAGACAUGCCAAAAGAUGAUUCUCAGAAUGAAUCCGACUCUUCAUCUGUUCAAGCAGAUACGCAGCUUUCUUUGAACGAUUCUGACCAUGAAGCUCUGGACUCUGAAGCGCAGUUAGAGGUGGUGGGAGAUAUGGCCCGGCAGGGCAAGAGGGUGGGAGUUAAUGCUAAAAUAUACGAGAGGAAACUCCGAAAGGGGUUGAAGAAGUUGUCAGGACUGAGUUGGCCCAGCAGAGACCGCCUUGCGGUGUUCAGUGACGUCUUUGAUGAUGUAUGUGAAGGCUCGCCAGUAUUUGGACGCAUCCUGAGGGAAAUCAAGACUGAAUAUGAUUUAUACAUCAGUCACUUGAUGGACAUCCAUUCCUCACAAGAUUACGCGCCGCUGCAGCCAUUUGCCAUCAAUAUCAAUGGUAUUUUAGUCAGUGAUGAGGAAAUGGAGGGUGCAGAAAAAGGGGUUUGCAUUCUGGAAGAAGAGGCCAAAAGUGCUCUGGGGGAGAAUAAACGAGCUCAAGAUGAGCUAAAGAACUUUCCGGAUAAAUGCAGUAGCAUGAGCAAGACAUCCUGGUCCAGAAAAGGGGACAGCGGGAUGUCCAUCGACGACAGCGAUAUCGUCCAGCUCAGGAAACUUCAGGUUCUGAAUGUGUUGGAGGAGAUCCAACAUCUAGAGGAGGAGAUCCAUGAAAGGAUGGCAUCUGCUGUUGCAAUUGCAGCCACUGAACGAAGAGUCAAAACUCUACAGGCAGAGACAAUAAAUCUGAUAGUUUCAAAUGACCGUCUGAGGACCCUUAGCAAGGAUCUACAGAACAAAAUCACUUUGGUGUUGGACAGAGAGAAGCCAAAAGAGGUCAUCAGACGGAUGCUGUGGAAAGAAAUAGAAAGGGAUCUCCAAAUAAACGGUCAAUAGCUUCAGUCGUCAGCACCUGACAGUCACACAGUAUAUGCAGGAUACAAAAUAUCUGUAACAGAACGAAAAAAUAAACCUAUACUUUGUCUUCCA